AUGGCGUCCAUCGAGUGGUGGACAAUUUGUUUGGGAGUACUCUGCACCGGAAUUGUAGCGCAAAAUAGCGUCGUCAACUACUACGAAAAGGAGAUCUGUACAACUUCAUCCGGUGAACAAGGCACCUGUGUAUACCAAUACCAAUGCACGGACGGAGUGAUAACUUCUUCUGGGGAAAAUGUAAUUGAUAUCAGACAACCGGGGGAUGGAUGUAUAGAUUAUCUGAUGGAGUGUUGUGUGGAACGAUCUGAGCCAAGUACCAAUGUACCAACGGUAAACGUACCGCCCUACACGAUCGAAGGAUGUGGUCAUCGCAAUCCACACGGAGUGAUCUUCACCAUCGAAAACAACCAGCUGAGUGAGACCGAGUAUGGCGAAUAUCCUUGGACGGUGGCAAUUUUUGUGCGCGAGAAAAAUAACUCCCUCAAGUAUCUGUGCGGUGGCGCUCUAAUCGAUCAGGCUGCAGUUCUCACCACGGCCACCUGUUUGCACCCGUACCGGUUUAAUGUGCCGUCCCUGGUGGUCAGACUGGGCGAAUGGGACAUGAGUACAAAUCGCGAACCCAUACCGCAUAUUGACAGUGAGAUGGAAAAGAUUUUUCUCCACCCGGAGUACAGCAUGACAAGCAAGAUAAAUGACAUCGCGAUCAUAAUAUUGCGCGACACGAUCGAGCUAAAUCACACGGUCGGGGUGGUUUGUCUACCACCGGCCAGUAGUAAUCCUGGUGGUGCAGAAGUGGUUGGUGUCGGAUGGGGCGAUGUACCGAAUUUCGUCGAACCCCGAAAGUUACGCCAGACGAUACUGAAGAAGACACACUUGCGCCAUGUCCUGCAUGAUCUGUGCGAAAAGGCGUUGCGGAAUCUAAUGGACCGUAGAUACCAAUUAGACCGCAGUUUUAUCUGCGCCGAGGCGCAGCACACGGAGAUGCUACCCUGCAGGGGAGACACUGGUUCACCAUACAUGAUGGAGAUCGCACAUGGUAUCGAUCGGUACUACUUGGUGGGUCUCAGCUCGUGGGGUUUUGACUGCAAUAGGCAAAAUGCUCCCACUGUCUUGACCAAUGUGGCGUACCAUCGCGAUUGGAUCGAUGCGGUGAUAAAGCAGGAGAAUCUCAACAUCUGGAGUUACACGUACGCAGAACCGAUAAGCAGUGAUGAAGAAUAA